AUGGACCCGGAGCAAGAGUCGUGCAAGGGAGACACCGAAGAGUUACCGAUAGAGCCAGUGGCUUCGCAGAGCGAACUCGAUUCCGGCUACUUCUCGCGAGACAGGGCGAUAACUUUAGAAAUACCCUCGCAGGAUCGACUAAUUAACAUCAAUGACCCAGUUUCUCGAGCCCCAAAAACGUUCUCUGGAAAAAGUUUCUUCGCCAAGUCGAAGCAACCCGAGUUAUUAUUAUUCCGCGAUGCCCAUAUUCCGGAUGAAUUCUAUUCUCGGUUCCAGGAUCUUGUUCAACUAUACGACCGUCCCUUGAAGAGCAAACUUAAGCCAAAGUUUAUGUCUUGGAAAGUUAAGGUAUUCGGAGAGAAUGAAAACACAAAGCGGCCAUAUAUUGUUAUCCUGUGCGACGCGGCAUCGACGAAGAAACUUGCAAAGUUUUUCUCAAAAAAGGAAAUCAAACAACAAUGUGAGGGUACAGAAGGGUUACCUCCAUUACCUGUUUUAGUCAUCACAUCAGAGCCUAGAAAGGUUGACGCUGAUAGCGAUAUACCCAGUGUUUUUGGCAGAGAGGAUGUUCUGCCAGAAAGCUCUUCAAGUUGUGGUGAGAGCAUAAAGAUCGUUCAUGGAGGGAAGGCAAAGAUGGCGACCCUAGGGGGUAUUGUGAAGGUUACCAUUGGCGGAGAAGUAAAGCUCUAUGGUAUUACAGCGGGCCACAUUCUUGACGAGGACCAAGUCGAUGACGAUGCAUCUAUUGGGGAUCUUUCAGAAUCAUCUGAGCCUGAUACCGAGUCUGAGGACGAAAGCUCUAGCGAAAUGGAUUCGAUAUUCACAACUGCAUCAUCGCCCGAAAUACAUGUACCAACGGAAGAUGGGGGGUGUAACUUUGGAUGGACAAAAAUUGGACAAGUCAUGAAGCCAAUGGCCGCUACUCAAACCUCGGAAGAUCGCAAUCUAGAUUGGUGUCUUGUUGAAUUGGCUGAUGAGGCUAAAAAGAGAAUGAAUAUUGUUAAAAUACUAUUGGAUCAAGAUGGAAUAGGCUCCGACGAAUAUUCGGUGUCUAACAGAAUAGACACAGUAUAUCUUCGGGAAUUAGGAGAUGUCGUCGACAAACCAGUUUUAUAUCAACCAGGAACUGAGCCAGGGUAUCUCAGAGGCACCAUAAACACUAUGCCUGCGUUCAUGCAUCAAUCGCCGUCUAAUAAGAUGGCGAGGGUGUAUAACAUGACCUGGAACUCAGAAUGGGAUCAGGUUUCCGCAGGGGAUUGUGGCUCGUGGGUGGUGGACCUGAAUGUUGGUUCAUUUGGACGUGGAAAUCACUCUCUUUAUGGCCACAUAGUCGCUGUUGACAUCUUCGACGAAGCUUACGUAGUCCCGUUUGAGGAUACAAUGGAGCAAUUAGCGAAGUACCUCGGGGCUGAAGCUGUUGGGCUACCCUUAUGUGAGGAUUUUAUGAGUACCUCAUCCGUGAGCCACAAGACACUCGACGGCAAACUCGCCACAGAGCCAUCUAGUACAAUCCUUCGCGAAAUAUUUGGCUAUCAAAACGAUAAUGACUCCCCGCGCGAUUCAUUUCAUGGAAGAGGAAUACUCCGGAGUGAUACCCGUAUAGAUACACUCGAGCCUUCAACAAAGUCCAAGCCACUCAGCGAAUUCGAGUCUGCACUUCUAGGAAGUAAACUUGAAUUCGGUUUCCAUUCUAAAACAGCCCUUUGGAGAGGCUUUGGUACCUGGCGAGGCCCACCAGAUUCACCCAGGCUGUUAUCGGAUGCCAAGGGAACUCCUCUCUUACCUUAUGACUUUGAUUACAAUGUCAAACUCCAUGAAUAUUGCCAGAAUCACGGUUUGCAACCUCCAAUCUAUGGGGAAAAUGAGAUGGUCAUCCCGAACAAUCUGGGUUUGCGUUCUAAGUCUAUAGUAGCCAUAGGGGGCAUACUCUAUGGCGCAUCGUUAUGGAAGGAAAUGCAUCCCACUGCACUAGAUGCAGACCAACUUGCUAGCCGUGAAGCACUUCGGAACUUGAUCAUUCAUCAUCGGCGAACUUUGGAUAUAAAGCCAGGGGAUACAAAGCCCAAGCUCGAAAAGCCUACCACCCUUGUAAGCGAAGAGGUUCUGAAUCAAUUCCGGCAGAAGCAGCUUGAGCUGCUACUGCCCAAGAUUCUGGGAAGUCAGGCGGUGACGCAACCAUCAGCUAGUAACGCAACACUGGUGCCCGCGGCCAAUAUAAACCCAACAAUAGGACCUAAGGAAAGAAAUCAUGAAUUCAGCAUGUUUCAAGAGCAAGAUACACCUGCUGCUGUUCGGCUCAAGGAAUGGUUUGUCGCCGCUAGGAAAAGACACCCCGCAGAAACCAUCGACGCCCUCCUAAACAAGCAAUGCGACCUUGAAGACGAAAUGAACGACGCUAAAUAUGCGCAAGAGUCGAUACAAAAAGAGAUCCAAAAAGUUGAGGAAGUCUUCCUAGAGACUUCGAUCGAAAGACAACUAGUGUUGACUGAGAGAAGACGUCUGGUACGGGAAAUAGAAUUUCUAAGCAGAAGGCUUGCGGCGACACUCCUGAAAAUACAUAAAGAGCGUGUGUAUCUAAAGACCAACGGCAUGUCCCGGGCCGCGAUGUUCAGAGAACCUCUAAAUGGACAAUUGCACCUAUAG